UUGACUGGCGCGUGAGGUUUUUUAUUUCCCGCGCAGAGUUUGUGGAGAAAAACAGGCGAUUAGAAACAAGUUCUCCUGAACGUCGUUUAACCAUUCAGUAGUCGCUUCUGUUCUUCUUAUUUAGGCAUGUACUUGUUGAAGUAUUGUAACUAGAGAGCUGGAUUUAAUUCGGGUUUACUUUAAGAGUCGGAUAACGUUAACGAGCCGGUCAGAGCUGAGGUAACAUCCAGAUGUGAUGUCACCUCAUCAGGAUAAACAGGUGGAGGAACUGGUAGACCAGGCUUUGAAACACAACUUCAGGGCUUUGGAGGAGUUUUUACUAAAUGAGACCAGAGAAGGGGUUACUUCAAAAUGCUCCAAACAGUUCAUCUCAAAACUGGACAAACUAAUUAACAGGGAACUGGACCAGCAGAAUGUGAAAAAUGCUUCUGUGGUAUUUACCAUCCUUCACAAAUUGGGGAACACACUGAUCUUUCCAGGGGGUGGAGGUAUAUCACUAAUGGUGUCACAAGGACUUGUGAAAAAGAUAAGUAUACAUUAUUGCUAUGUCAUAUUUGGGCUGCACAAAAAAAUUGCAAUAAAAUCGCUAUAUUGAUUCUCAUUUGACUGCAAUUCAAUUUAAGAACAUCAUCAAUUCUGCAGUCUUCGCGUUUGGGCACAGAGCCACUAUUGCCCCUUAUUUUUUGUGACCGAUGGCCAUUCAUAUUCUACCACUUGAUCUUCUGCACACACCUAAAGCACGCUAGUCUUGUGUCUGGUGGAACUGAAAAGAGGAGGAGAAAAAGUUUGGAAAGCUAAGCCGUUAGUCAACCAAACGCCCGUUUGCAGUAAAAUUAAACAGAAAAAUUCGUCCAGUCCAGCUAACAGAUAUGUAAUAAUGUGUCCUGAAUAUAAAAUUCCCAGUUAUUAAACAAAAUGACUGAAUGACAUUGAUGAAUGAAUGGGGCAAGGAGUCAUCGCUGUCAUUGUUUCUGUGUGACCUAGAGUGUGUUUAUCAAGACUGAUUUUCACCCACAACUGGCCUGUGAAUUGCUAGAGAAACACUGCCAUCACUGUUUAGCCAGCCAUUAAUACUGCUUUCUAGAGUCCUCUUAACUUUGAAAGGACACACUGGACUCAUGACUAAUAUGAUUAAAGUUUUAUACUAAUUAGCAGUUAUUUGGGUGAGGAUAUAAGCUGUUGCAGUGUAAAUGUGCCAGCAUUUCAAUAACUUAAAUUGCAAUCAUUAGGAAAGUGUAGCUGUCACAGUCUACUACAGCAGUUGUUCUGGCGCAGUGUAAGGAGUGUAUAUAAUAAUAAACGUAUAUGGUGUUCCCGACAAAAUUGGUGUGUUGAAGCAUUAUGAGAAUCGUGAUAUCAGUUCAAAACAAAAACAUGAUGAUUCCCAUUUAAUCAAAAACUGUGAAGCCCUAUUUCUCAUCAUGCAGUUUAGAGCAGUUUAAUUAUGACUUGAAACUCUUUAUGUUUACAUGGUACAGUGGUUUGAGAAAGCCAGAAAGUUAUGGGUUGAAGCUGGACCGACGAGGAACGAGCUGCUUGUAAACUUAGCUGAAGACUUCUUUGACGCAUUGAUGGUCAUUCAUGAAAGUUGUAAAGAGGGUACUUACCAAGUAACAGAAUCCCUGCUCCAUCACAUUGGCAAGUUGGCCUCUGAUCCCCAGAUUAACAUUCUAAUCCAAAAAGAGGCGGUGAGGAAACUGAAUAUGAUAUUAGGAAUGAUCCCGUUAGAACUGAAGAAAGAGAAAAAGAUCUUGUCAUCACAAGAGGCAUCAAGUGUCAUGAAUGAAUUGGCUAGUCGAAUCCUCAAAGGAGGAGAUUAUGAUCUCCAGGUGGCUUUGAUGGAGGCUCUGUGUAGAAUGACUUCCCGUGCCCAGCGGAGGGAGCUGGCUGAUCAGUGGUUCAGCAUGGAGUUUGUUGCCUCUGCAUUCACCAAGAUUCAGGACUCAGAGUUUGAGACUGAUUGCCGAAAAUUUUUAAAUCUAGUAAAUGGAAUGCAAGGUGAUGAUCGAAGUGUGUACUCCUAUCCUUGUUUGGAGGUGUUUCUGGACAAGCAUGUGUUGCUCAUGCCUGUGGAUGAGAACCUUCAUGAGUUCUGGAUUGACUUCAAUCUAGGAAGCCAGAGCAUCUCCUUCUAUUUCUGUCUUACUGAUGAUGAGGCAAAGGAGAGCCAGUGGGACACUCUAUGCAUAACAGAAAAUGAAGUCCACAGUUACACAGUGGAAGAGGAGAAAGGUGUAAAAGUGCUGCAGCUGGUUCUAACUGAGCCAGUGUGUCUGAGCAGUAUUGAGGGCACCAGACUCACCAUCCACUUCAGUUCCUCCUUAGACAUCCUCAAGGCCACCAGGAAAGUCUAUGGAGAAACCAAGAAUAAAAAGUUUAUUGGAAAGACCACCACAUCUGUGGUAAAAACCACUGUUCAAAUAAUUCUGGAUGAAGGAGGUUCACAGGUUCUUUUUCCUGAGAGUCAGGGCUCCUCUCAGCGCAUGGAAAAAAAUGUGCCUUCUUCAGUGAGGAGUGACACCCACUGUCAGUCGCUGACAUCCAAUGAGAGAGAUGCCCAGCACAACAACCAGCAGAUGAUAACCCCGUUAAGGAGUAAGGUGUCAGAGUCAUGUAUGUAUGUCUCCGGCAGCGCAGGCCGUAAACUUGGCAGAAGCCCCUUCAGCUGCGUGUUGCCUGCAUCUGCCCCAGGGAAGGCAAAGGUGAAACCAGCUCUAGAGAUGGUAGCCUCCUCAGAGAAGAGGAAAACAUUUGAAUUGAAAGAGAUCUUAACUGCCAAAUUACCUCGCGGUGUGAAGUCAGUUAGUGUUGAAAAGGAAAGUGCAAGAAAACAGUCAGGUCCAGCUCUACAGAGCCUGGAUAUACAACAGGGCCAGGAAGAUCGACAAGUGAUGGAAAAAUACCGCCGGCACAUUCCUAUAGAGAAGGUAGUGGAAAUGGUGCAAACUGACCAAGAGCUGCAGGAAGAGCCUUUGGAUAACAGUAUAGUACUAGACUCCCAGCCAGCUGUGUGGAGAGAAACCUCUAUAUUACCAAGUCCCAACUGCCUUAAAAAGAGAAUUUCUGUGUCUGGGUCAUUAUUCCCAUGUCAUGAACCUUCACAUCAGUCCAAAUCAGAGCCUCCACAGCAGCCAUUGUCAGCCCAGAGCAGCUCUGGAGGACUGAGCCACAAACAGCUUCAUGCUCAGCUCACUCAAAGACUGCAGCAGGUGCUGAGAGAGCGUGAGCAGCAGGAGCAAAACCCAUCGGAGCUUAGUGAUGCUGGUAAAGAUGCUGGAGUUGUGAAAAAGCCACUGAGACCAACUCAAACUAAACUCGGUACAGCUGAACAGAGUGGAUGGGCUAAGGGCAAUGGGGCUGACAAGAGCAACAAUACGAAGACAAAGAAAGCAGCCGAGAGCAUGGUGAAGCAGAUAAAUAGCCAUUAUAAUCGCACUGCCUUUAGUACAACAGCACAGGAACAUGACUCCCGGUUUAACUUUGUGCACACUAACAGAUACAUUUUCAACAAGAGUUGGUGUCCAAAUUCAGUUGCCAAGAUCUCUGCUAAUACACCUGGCCUUCUGAAGUCAUCUUCAGAAGGCCAUGCGUAUCAAUCUAUGAAGCCAUCAAAUCAGAAUAAGGACAUUUAUGCAUUCAGUCUGGAUGUGCCAGAGCUCAGUGAGAAAAAAAAAAGAAGGUCUUCUGAAAUGUCUGGAAUGGAAAGCAGUGUCCUCAGCAGUUCCCUGAUUCUUGCCAGCACCUCUAAGAAGUGUCCUCCUACGAAGCCUGCUGGUCGUAAUGAGAAGAAGCAUCUGUUCAGUGACACUGAUACUGACAAUAUGACGGAAAUUAGCUGGCUAAAAUCAGCCAACAGGAAACCUAAACCUAAAGUGGCAGACUACACGAGACAGCCAGUUAAGCCCACUCAUCCUCCUGUGAACAUCACAUUUGAAACUCCAGACAAACCCAUUCCCUCACCAAAGGCUGCAAAAGCAUUGCCUAAACCAAAGAGGAAAAGGCAGAAGAAGGUGGUAGAAGAAAAGCAUGAGAAAAGCAAGGAUGUUGCCAGCAGAAAGCCUAAGAACCUCAGGCCCCAAAGAACCUCAGUUCUGACCAAAUCCUACAGAGAGUUGUCUGAGAGUGAGUCAGAAACUGAUGGACCACCUCCAGCAAAGAAGUUGAUCAUCAAACAGCCAGAAAAGCCUCAGAGGACAGCUUCAAUUCAGAAUAGGGCUGCUAUAGUCGAACCACCUGUCAAAAAAAACCAUCAACUCAGGUCAAAGACAGUCCAUAAGGGUGUGAAGGAGAAACAGGAAAAAGAAUUAUCUAAUCAUGUAAAAUCAAAGCAAAAGAAGACGAUUGCAGCUGUUCUGGGGGCUACCAAAGGACAGGAAAAUGUUUUGGCCCCUAAAAUCGCUUCUUUCUGUGCUUCUCCUUUCCCCUCUAACAUAAUUAAAUCGGCAGAGAAGAGCACAGCCACGCUGAGAUCUGCUCUUGCACCAGUGGAUCCUAUGUCUAAGAAGUCUCAGGUGCUUCAGACUUCUUCAGUCCAAGCCAUAGUACAAGAAAGAAAGGUAGAUGGUAUAAUUGAACAGGCUGAGAAAGAGAAUCAACAACCAGGAAAAACCACUACACAUUCAGUGACAAGCAGCAAGUUUAUGGAGGAGAAAGAGGUCAGUGAAGUAUUGGGUUCUGAACAGUCAAAAAGCAGGAAGAAUUUGCUUUCUCCAGCAUCAACAAAAGAAUCUUGGGCCUCCAAACACACCUCUUCUCGCAUUUCACCAUUCUCCAUUGAGAAGAUGAGAUCUGCAGAGAAAAAUGCGUCCUUACCCAGAUCUCCUCUGACACCCCUCCAACCUUUGUGCAUCUCUCCUGUUGAUGCUAUUUCUCCUCCCCUGGAGUUGCCUAGUCAUCUCAGAGGGAUCCAAGCAUCAUCCUUCUAUAAGACAUCAGGAGGACGGGAUAGUGCCACAUGUCUUCCUCACCCUUAUGUAACCCCUGUUGCUCAGAGGCAAGGUGUUCAAGAGAAUGCUGAGCUGAGUCCUGGGCAGCCAUUGGUCCACCCCCUCAUUGCCUCCACUGGUAGGGAGAAAUGUUCUUCCCUGCUCAACUCUCCAGACGUAGAAGAAGAUCUUAGGGGCUUUCUAAACAGCACCAGCCAAAGAGUCGUGCAGGCAUGCUUUGACAAAGAGUCUGUCAUCUCUUUAGUGACACUAAGCCAAUCAUCACGCACAUCUGUGAACAAUAUAGCUAUGAUCUGCACUGAACUUGAGAAAACACCUGCAUCUGUUCAGGGAAGCAGUUAUGGAAAGGCAGAAUCAGGUCCAGCAACCAGUCGCACUCGACCCAGCUCAUGCAAUUCCACAAGUCUGCCUGAGCAAGACGACAGUGAAGACGAAGACAAGAGGACUAAAGCUGGACCCAGUGAACUCGCUGUUAGAAUGAAGCCAAGAAAGCUGUUCAAACCUAGUGUCAAGCAACAAUCUAAGAAAAAAGGCUCUAAACAACCCAUGCAAGAUGACAGCAGUGCUGAGGAAGGGGAGAAAGAGAAGGGAUCAGGUAAAGGAAGAGGACCUAGAAGUAUGAUUACUGAAGAUAUGGAAGUGCGGUCCACAGUGGUGUCAAGCUGUUGGGAGGCAAGUGUUGAGGCAGAUAUGGAUCUUGUACAGUCUGAAGUGAGCACAUCUCAGGAGAUGGGCUAUGUCUGCCGCCAGUUCAGCUCUGAACUUAAGAGAAAAUUUGAGAACCGCUCAAGGAGAAUGGAUCUCUUCACCAAGCAGUCCCUAAAAGCCUGCAAACAACAUGUUUCCACUAUAACCAUGAAAGUGCAACAGUACAGGUCUCAGAGGCUGGAGACGGUUAAACGAGUUCUAAUGGAUGAAAUUAAAAGCUUGGAACAAGAUGACACAUCUCUGCGGAACAUGGAAGCGGAGCUGACUGCUUACUGGAAGAAGCAAGCCCUGGCUUUCCAUGCUUACCAGGAAAGAGGAACACAAAGGCUACAUCAUUUAAAAAGCACAAUUGAAACAAAUGUAUGCCGAAACUUGGACUAUGAGGAGCAGAUCUUUUUUUCACAGAUGCAUUUGAUGAAGAAAGACAUGAAAGCUGUUCAGGACCACUUAUUCAGACAGAUGCAUGAGGAAGAGUUGAAAAGUGUACGUAGAGGACUACAGACCUUGUUCCUUUCAGAUGUCCCCAUGUUUUUACAAUAGAAGCCAACUGGAGAACUUACAGUAGUUACAAGUAAUGUUCAAUAUGUUUUAAAAGCAUGUUCUUAUUUUUCAGCAGUAUAGGUUAAUAUAAUUUUAAAUCACAAUGCUAUUUAAAAUGUUGAGUAUUUAUUACUUUGAU